AUGACUGGAAAAAUUAUUUUUGCAACUGUAGGAACUACAAAAUUUGAUCUUUUGAUUCAAAAAUUAACAGAGAAAACAGUUUUAGAAGCACUUAAGGAAAAAGGUUACUCUACCUUAAUUCUGCAAAUAGGAGGUGGAGACAUAACGCCUGAUUUAGAAAAUGCUAAUCAAAUCGGAAUAAACCUAACUUAUUUUAAAUAUAAAAAUUCGAUAAAAAAAGAUAUUUUGAAAGCAGAUUUAGUUAUCAGUCAUGCAGGUGCAGGUACUUGUUUAGAAGUUUUAGAAGCUGAAAAACCUUUAAUAGUUGUUAUUAAUGAAAAUCUUAUGAAUAAUCAUCAAAAAGAAUUGGCAGACCAGUUAUCAUCAGAUGGUUAUUUAUUAUCUUGCACUUGUGAUACUUUAUAUGAAACUGUUAAAAAAAUGAAUUUAUCAAGACUAAAAAAAAUGCCUAGAGUAAAUCCAAAUAUAUUUCCAAUUUAUUUAAAUAAUUUAAUGGGCUUCCAAUAA